UGAGCUCUAGGCCCAGCCUCCACUAGAGCACUCUCAAAAAAUUUUGUCAAAGUUUAUAAUAUAAUCCCUGUAAAGAAAUGUGAAAGAAUUUGCAUGCAUUCAAAAUUUGUGCGGUGUAAACUGCUUGCAUUGUUAUGACUGGAUAAAGCACAUUAAUUAAUUUUAGUAUCAGCAUGGGUUGCUACAUGUAGCUCAAUAUUGAGGUAAUAAUUAAAUAAAUGAACUUGAAAUGGCCGUUCACAAUUCUCUGAAGUUCUCUUCAGUUCCGAAAUAGUCAAAACAACAUGGCAUGGUGGGGAUUUGUGUUAUCGCUUAGCAAUUUCAGGGACAAAAAACACAGGUUUGGUCAAUUCUGAGACUCUUGUUCGAUCUUCACCUGACUGAAUUCUUUUAAUUUAAGUGGUUGACAACUGUCUUCAGGAUACUUUUUGCUCUUUUAACAAUAAAUGAAUCAAUACUACAAUUCUUUUUCCAUGUAAAACUGCAAUAAUGGUAUACAAACUAGGCGAUUUAAGGCCUUUACCCAAUGGAAACCAUUGCGAGUCCUCUUAAGUCAAAUAAAAAUCCAAUUCAAAUGUACUGGUGUAUUCUUAAUAUAAAAAUUGCUAUCUUUCUUUCAGCUUUGCAGUGCAAUAUGUAUCACAAUAUUGUUUCCAUUCUUACCAGCUAUGGUGAAGAGUUUUGGAAUAUCAGAUGAAGACACAGGCUAUUAUGCAGGUGUCAUUGCUUCCUCAAUGUUUCUUGGACGUACUUUGGGAUGCUACUUCUGGGGAUGGCUCACAGAUAAAAUUGGUCGAAGGCCUGUCAUAUUAAUCUCCCUUGUGCUUACUAUUAUUGGUAUGGCUAGUUUUGGAUUAUCAGUGUCUCUCACCAUGGCCAUCAUUACCAGAUUUUUUGUUGGAUUGACCAAUGGGGUCAUAGGAACUGCUAAAGCAAUUGUUUCAGAAAUCAGUGAUGAUACUAAUCAGGCCUUGGCUGUAUCAGUGAUACUGACGGCUUGGAAUAUGGGACUCAUUGUAGGACCAGGUAUUGGGGGUUAUCUUGCUGAGCCUGUACAGAAAUAUUCCAGUGUGUUUACAGAAGGUUCUUUUUUCGACAAAUUUGCGUUUUUCCUUCCAUGUCUGUUUAAUUGUGGAAUACUACUUAUUUCAUUUGUGUUGACCUACUUCCUUUUACCAGAAACUCUUGUUAAAAGUGAAAGUGAAGCAUCUGCAGUAAGCGAAAUUGGUGAACUAGCCUUACAAAGCACAAUUAGCUCUGUAGAUAAUCAAGAGGAUUGCAAUCAGCAGAGAUUACUGGUGGACUCUGACAAAACUUGUGAAAAAAAUUCCAGUUCCCAAGAAGCAGAAGAACUAGAAAUAUUUGUCAGGGAUGCUGACAGUGAAACAAAAGAAGAUGGCAGAAACUGCUGUGGCUGUAAAAGCUGGCAGUGCACAAGAUAUGGAUGUUGUCGAUGUUUUAGGAACAGCAAAAUUGCAGUUUUACUCAGAACUCGUUCAACAAUGAUUGCCAUUGCUGUUUACUGUGUGUAUUCAUUUAUCGUCAUUGGUUUUGAUGAGCUUUUUUCACUCUGGGCAGCCACUCAAGCUGAAAAUGGUGGACUUGGAUUCUCAACAAACCAAAUAGGUACCGCACUACUGUGUGUUGCGGCACCUCUCCUGUUUCUUCAGAUGUGGACAUAUCCCAAGUUUGAAAGACGACUUGGAGCAAAAAGGGUUUUCCAACUAGUAAAUGCCAUCGUGGGAAUACUGACAGCAUCUCUGUCUGCUAUAAACACUUAUUAUGACAGAUCUACAGUGUUGUGGCCUCUGCUGAUUGGCAUUCUCCUACCCUUAAAGUUAGGUGUUGGUUGUGGUUUCAGCUCAACAGUAAUCCUUGUGAACAAUUCAGUUCCUAGUGAACUCCUUGGUUCUGUUAAUGGUCUAGCCAUGACGGCAUCUUCAAUAUGCAGGACUUUAGCACCACUGUUUGCUGGAAGCGUGUUUGCCUGGUCAAUAAGCAAGGGUUACAAACAUGGAUUUCCUCUGGAUGAACACCUUACUUUUCUCUUGCUUUCUGUUGUGUGCUUGCUGUGUAUUCUGUUCAGCUGUAUGCUCCCCAAGGGAUUAAACAGCAGAAAAGCAGGUCCAGUAAGAGUAUGAUCAUGUGAGAACAGUUGGAAACUCUCAUCUUCAACAAUUCUGGGAAGUUCAAGUGACAACAACUCCCCUCUUUGUCCUAAUGGCAGUGCGGCGUCAGUGAGGGUAGAGUUCCAUCUGGCAGGCAGGCCUGUGAGGAGCCUGGUUGCAGAUGUCUACAAAGAAAACUCUUCCACGUGAAGCAAGGAAAUAGUAGUCAUUUGCAAGCAGGCUAGUCAGUACUGUGAAAAUGAGUCAAAGUGUCUACAACACAAUGACACUACACUGCACUAAGCCUUUAUGAGUUGCUCAUCAAACAAGAAGUUAGAGCAAACUUUCUUUUGGGUACAUGAUGUUAUAGACUUGGUAUUAAAUUGAAUUAAUGCCUCACCAGCAUCCUCUGCAAACCUCAUAAUUUUUCCCCAUCCCUCUGUCACUUUUAUAGAGCUAAUUAUUAGUGCCUGGCGACGGGUUUGUCGUUGUUAUGGUUGCAAAUUUUGCAAAAAUUAAUACUUUUGGUGCGAGGUAUCGGAAAUGUUAUGGUGAAGGGGAAUAUAUUUAUCCAGUAAGUAUUUUGGAAUAAAACAACUAUUUUGUCUCUGAAAAACCUCAGAUCAAGGCAAUCGUGCUGUGUGGAAACACAUAUUUAAGUAGGUGUGUUUUUGAAGGUAGAUCAGAACCACAUUAACACUACUUUAUUUACCAAUAUGAUGGCUGGCUUUCAUGGCUGAUAAGCUGUGGGCAUGCUCUCUGCUCAGGGAAUAGACUAGCUUACGCAGACGCUCUUUGGGCUCGUCACGCAAUCUUCCUCCUUCCUCUCCACGUGGGGGAGGAAGAUUGCGUGACGAACCCAAAGAGCGCCUGCGUUGGAGGCUCGGAAUAGACACGGUGGAGGCAAAACGCAUUCAACGAAAAAGAUAUAUGCAGGCUCUUCCUACCUUCGUUCUAUCUUUUCCUAGGUAAAGAGCAUUCCCAAAAACAAACGGAGAAAAUAUAAUAUUGGAACUAACUCAAGUGUUUGUACGUAAUUUUAAUGACUUUAAAGAAUCAGAUUAAUAUAUUUUCACAAUGUGUCAAAGCAUCUGGAAUGCUGCCGUGUCAUUUUGACGAACAAGUGUUAUUUGAAGUAUCGUAGAGUAUUGAACAUUAAUUGCAAUCGUUAUGAGAUUUGUUACUAAAGAAUAAAAAAUAAAAAAACUCUGCAACCACAAUGUCUUACUGUUACAGCUUAAAUCGAUCGUUUAGGAAGAGAAUAUCAUCACACCUGUAUGUUCAACGAUUUUUAGGAUUUCUAUAGCACUGUGCGUUAUUUUUGAGAGCAAUCAGCUAUUUAAGGGCGUUCGCGCCCAAAUUGUUCCUACGUACAGAUUAUCAAGAGCUUGCUAUGAAUUGAGGCAAAGAUCAACUUUUGCCAAAAGGUAAAAAGAAAUGGAGGGCAUUGAAGACCAUGCGUUUUUGGAAGCUUCUGUUAUUUCAAGACGAUCUUAAUGUUCGACUAUCAGUAGUAAAAGAAGCUACAUUGGUGAAAUUUAGAUCACGUCGACGUACUCGAUUAAACAUAAUUAGGUAUGUAAGUAAACUUUUGCAGCUGUCGUUCCUUGAGGUAGAAUAGGCCUUGUUGUUGUUGUUGUUGUUGUUACGUAUUAGCCUUGAGUGAGUUAUGAAAAGAAAAGAGGAGAUCACCGACCAUUAAAGGGUAAAUAUUGCAGUGAAGUUAGCGCACCCGAUGCCAAUCUCUAUACUUGCUUAUAUUUCUUCCUUAGCGAAGUUUUCUAACUUUUUACACUCAACAAAUCUACUAAGCAUUUUUGUGUUAUUUCACUUCUACUUCAAUCCCCACGAAUAUUUGCAUUUGGUGCUAUAAAAGUAUCCCCAAAAAAGCUGCGCCCUGGAUACUCUUUCUAGUGAAAGGAUAUUAAACCUGACUUCGAAUAAACGAUUUGAUUCUUGGGGAUUUUUCGA